AUGUUGACGCGCGACCUCCGGACGUACGAGAGUCACGUGUUUCCGCACGCCGACGAGGUGUCGCCGGAUCACGACAGGGGCUUGCUGGGCCCCUUCAGAGGCGCGGUGCCCCGCCUGGCGGGCCCCGUGGCCCUGCCGGCGGUCCGCGCGCACGCCGGCCGGGCGGGCGCUACGGCCAAGGUGCCAGCGGCCAGGGGCCCCGUGCCUGUGUUCGGCCUGCGACUGCCGCCAGCUGACAGCCGACUGCUGACCAACUUCAGCUCGCAUUGGCUCCGAACGCCAUUCUCCUACCAGUAUGUGAUCAGGCACCCUGGCGUGGUGUACGGCAGCCCUCCGCCGCUGCACCCGGCGCUGAAGCUGUGGAAGCCAAACGGUGGGCGGGCGCUGCUCCAGCCGCACAGGCAUGCUCCGACCGUGCCGGCAAAGGCCGACCCCCAGCCGCUGGCGACGCCAGAGCUGUCCCCGGCCACAUCCGGGCAGCAGACGCUGACGCCCAAGCAGGCGGCGCGAGCGCCCUCGUACAUCGACUACUACAUUCCCCCCAGUGGCGCUCAGGGCCGUCAUGUUCAGAGCAUCGGAAACGGCGUUAGGAACCCACUCGCGCUGUUCCCCAAGAUCAACGAGCUCACUCCGCCGGACAAGGAGUACUUGCCGCCUCCCGAGGCGUCCACUCACGUUCACCCAACGCAACAGCACAGUACUUUUGUACAAGAACAGUACCUCCCGCCGAAAGAGGGGCACUUACCACCUCCAACAGAAGCGCAUGUGCCACCGCCGACGGGGGAGUACUUGCCGCCGCCAUCGGUGGCGCAAGUGUCUGAACCAUCAGGGGAGUACUUGCCUCCGCCAUCGGUGGCGCAAGUGUCUGAACCAACAGGGGAGUACUUGCCGCCGCCAUCGGUGGCGCAAGUGUCUGAACCAACAGGGGAGUACUUGCCGCCACCAUCGGCAGCGCAAGUGUCUGAACCAGCAGGGGAAUACUUGCCACCGCCAUCGGUGGCGCAAGUGUCUGAACCUACAGGGGAGUACUUGCCGCCGCCAUCGGUAGCGCAAGUGUCUGAACCUACAGGGGAGUACUUGCCGCCGCCAUCGGUAGCGCAAGUGUCUGAACCAACAGGAGAGUACUUGCCACCGCCAACGGUGGCGCAAGUGUCUGAACCAACGGAGGAGUACUUGCCGCCGCCACCGGAGGUGCAAGUGUUGGAACCAACAGAGGAGUACUUACCGCCGCCACCCGCGGAGCAUGUCUCACCACCGGCGGAACAGUACCUGCCUCCUCCACCAGACAAGUCACCACCAGAGGAUCCGCAUAUACCGCCAUCAGCGGCGCAUUCCCUGCCGCCAUCAAAUCCGGAACACUUGGAGCUUCCCAAAGAUGAAUAUCUGCCUCCACCCAAAGAGCAGGCCGUCGCACCGCCAGCCGGCGAGUACCUGCCUCCAGAAAAGGAAACCACGGCGCCAGAGCAGGAGUAUCUGCCGCCGCCCGCAGAGGAGCACGUGCAGCCGCCCAAGAAGGGUCAUGUACCUACAAUUGAAAAGGAGUACCUGCCUCCACCGGGUGGGCGGUUUCCGUCGCGGUCAUCGGGUCACCAACGCAAAGUGGCUUCCACUACCAAAUAUCGUAAGCUAAAAGUGGUGGACGGCGUACUGCACCGGGUCAAUAACCCUGGUGACCCGUGCGAGGGGAUGGUCUGCGGCGCCCGCCAACGCUGCCAGGUGGUGAUGGCUUGCGGCAAGAGAGGCUGCCAGGGCCGCCAGCGUCUGGCAGAGUGUGUUUCCCGGAGCCACCCAGCAUGUCACCACUGCCGCACAGACGAGGUGUGUGUGCUGAAAAAGCACUGCGCCUUCUCCGAGAGGUGCCCGGGAGCCAUGCAGUGCAUGUCCCGCGGCUACCACGGCUGAGCUCAACCGACCUGCAAGCGACCUUCAGACGACCUUGAAGCGACCUUGAGGCGACCUUGAGCCCCGUGAUCGCUGCGCCACAGACUUCUGGCUCCGGGCCAUCAGAUCAUGAUGCGUGACGACCUCCCACGGCACGGCGUGCCCAAACUGUGCGCUCUGCUGACAGCAUUUCAAGCAGUGCACAGCACAC